CUAAAAAGUUACCAGCGCUGAGUCGGUGCGGGUGGUGGUUCAGACACGCUACAGCCUAUGGCGCUUUGCUGCAGCUUUUCCUGCACCAUGAGGGAGACUUUGUUCAAGGAGAACUUCUGGAGUACCGAUUUAACGAGCACAGCUGGCUACGACAGCAUCAUUCAACAUCUGAAUGAGGGGAGGAAGAACUGCAAAGAAUUUGAAGACUUUCUGAAGGAAAGGGCAACAAUAGAAGAAAAAUAUGGCAAGGAGCUCAUUAGCUUGUCAAAGAAGAAGCCCUGUGGGCAGACAGAAUUGAACACCCUGAAGAGAGCUCUUGAAGUUUUUAAACAACAGGUAGAUGGUGUAGGGCAAAGUCACAUCCAGCUGGCCCAGACUCUCCGGGAUGAGGCGAGGAAGAUGGAGGACUUCAGGGAAAAGCAAAAACUUCAUCGGAAAAAGAUAGAGCUUAUAAUGGAUGCUAUUCAUAAAAACAGGAAUUUGCAGUAUAAGAAAACAAUGGAGGCAAAGAGGCUGUAUGAGCAGCGAUGCAGGGAUAAAGAUGAAGCAGAACAGGCUGUGCACCGCAAUGCAAAUCUUGUAACACAAAAGCAACAAGAAAAGCUGUUUGUAAAGUUGGCUCAGAGCAAGUCAGCUCUGGAGGAUUCUGACAGGACAUAUCAGAUGAGUGUUGGUGCGCUUGAGAAGAUCAGGGAAGAAUGGCAGAAUGAACACACCAAAGCCUGUGAGUUCUUUGAGACCCAGGAGUGCGAACGGAUAAACUACUUCCGCAAUGCGCUGUGGCUGCACGUUAACCUGCUCUCUCAGCAAUGCGUCCAGAGCGAUGAGAAGUAUGAAGAAAUCCGUAGGAAUCUAGAAAUGUGCAGCAUUGAGAGGGAUAUUGAAUAUUUCGUAAAUUUCCGUAAAACAGGAAGCAUGCGCCCAGCUCCUGUGGUCUAUGAAAAUUACUAUAACUCACAAAGAAAAGCAGCUCCAACAAGAAAUCAUGCCCCCGCACCUGUCAUAGGGAGGAGGGGGCCAUUACCAAUCCCUGUGAGUGAGCCAGGUGACCCUGAUUACGCUACAAUUGAUGGGUACAGUUUAAUACAUCACUAGCAUGAGCUGCUUCUCAGAGCUGCUUGCCACUGCAUUGAAGAAAUUAGUUGCCUGAUCGGCCCAUCAGAGACCGUGUAUUCAGUUGCAAUUUCUGCGCCAGACACGGAGACAGAGAGUGGAACUAUUUCUUCUUUUAAAAAAUUUUUUUUUGAAACUCUAGGGUAACUUUUUGGUAUGUGUGGAGGCUCCGCACACAAUUCAACUAGAUCCCGCUUCCUUUAUGGUGACAAACUACAUAGAUUGAGGUCUCAUUUUCAAGGUCAGGAAGGAGGACAUUGACUCUUUGAAUAAUAUUCACUAAUCCAGUGGAAUUUCCCAUAUCAACAGGAGGUGCUUGUGUUCUGGUAUUGAUGACACUUCUUUGUGAUGUGCAAACCUCAACUACUGGAAGAUUCUAUCGAAUUUAAAAACAACAACAAAAAAUCUCUUCUCACCAUGACAACUGAGACUUCACAGUGGGAAUCCUAUGCAGUGCUUUGGGCAUACUGGAUUUUCUCCACAGAGAUGGAGAAAGGUUUUGGUUUGUUAUGCUGGAUUUUCACAAGGCUGUUUAAGAUCGUAUCCUAGCUCUAAUUACAGGAGUGCUCAUUAGACUGCUUACUCAUGGACAGGCUGAAGGUUAGAACUCGAGAGGUAUUUAUUUGGCUCUACCGUGCAUUUGCUCCAGGCUACACAAUGAUGUGGGAAGAAGUUGAUUCAUAUCCUGUCUCUGUCAUGCUUCAGGAGCCUGUUUGGAUUGCAAGAAUAGUCCAUUGACUUCAGUAUGAGUUCUUAGAAGAAGGUGAACAAGUUAUGGCCCUUCAGUAAUUACUGUUCUCCCUUUCCUGGUUCUGCUGUGGCAUAACAGCACAAUACAAAACCAUCCUGGCAGAUAACUCCCCCAUUCCUGGUGCUGGUGAUUCCUCCAUUCUUUGUGAAUAUUUGACGGACAUGAACUGGCCCUCUAGUGAGGCAUAUCCAGGAGGUAGGGCUUGCCGCUGUUCAACUCCCUGAAGCAACAAUUCAAGGACACUGUCAGCUGCAUCUUGUAUCUUUUGAGUUCCACUGUCCAACAAGCUUGAAAAUAAAAGAAAUAAUACUUUCUUAUUGCCUUUUUCUAUCUCCCGUACUUUUAUCUCCGCAUACCUCCUCCUACUAUUUAGAGUCUGAUCCUGCUUCUCAUUGAAAUCUAUAGCAGAGUUCCCAUUUGUUAUCAAUGGUGUGGGAUUUGGGUCUUCAGUCUACUAUAUAUUUAUGUUUCUGUCUGUGUGUCCAUUUGUUCUAGAACUCCUCCUAAAUGGUAAGAGCUAGGACCACCAAAUUGGUUAUGCAGCUUUCUUUUAUCAUAACUUUAUAAAGCAAGGUAAGGGUUUGGUGGUACCAGGACAAUGGGAUGUGCCUGGAAUUGGAUUGUUUCUCAUAAAAUGAAAAGGGAGGAGACUAGUAGGAGAGAUAGUUAUAUUGCAGAAUGACCACAGAUGGCAGCAAGGGGCUAGAGAUAAGUACCGGGACAGUAUAACCCCAUUAGGCUGGCAGGGGUGGAGAAAGGGAUGGCUAUCUACUAUAUAUUUUAGAGUUGUCUUUGUGCUUGCCUGUCCCGCAGCCAGAGGACAUGCAUCCCUCCCCCUGGCUGUGUCUGCUGCAGCUAUUGCAGCCAUGGAGAAGUGCUUUCCCGCUAGCCGCCAACCGCUGCCGUGAGAGAGGGAUGGAGUAGUCCUCUCUCCCUGGGGCAGCCUGCAUAUUGAACCUCAACCCCAUCCUAGAACAAUGAUGUAAAUGAAGAAAAACAAAACUUAUUUGAUUUGAAGGACCGGAGCAAUGCCAGGCAAAUCUUCUAGUUUCUCAUAAAGCACAAACUAGCCUGGCUGCUGCUGUAAAGCUCAUUUCCUAACCAAAACAUCCCCAAACUUCAUGUCUAUAUCCAUUGACUGUUACCUGUCUGCUACUCCAACACAGGUGCACCGACAAUGAGUCUGCACGUCUGCAUACACCUCUUGGUUCAAGACACUAUGGCUAUGUCUAGACGCAUGAUUUUCCGCAAAUGCUUUUAACUGAAAAGUUUUCCUUUAAAAGCAUUUGCGGAAAAGACCGUCUAGAUUGGCACGGUUUCGCGAUCGGGGCUUUUUUGCGCACAACAGAUCUGAGCUGUCUGCACUGGCCCUUUUGCGCAAAAGGUUUUGCACAAAAGGACUUUUGCCCGAACAGGAGCAGCAUAGUAUUUCCGCAAGAAGCACUGAUUUCAUACAUGAGAUCGCCAGUGUUCUUGCGGAAAUUCAAGCGGCCAGUGUAGACAGCUGGCAAGUUUUUCCGCAAAAGCAGCUUGCCAGUCUAGACACAGCCCGCAUGUUUUAAUUUCUUGUUCUAGAGCAACAGGGAUGAUUCUGUAUUAGAACAUGGUCAUAUGGCAACUGUUCCAUACCCCUAAUAAUUUUGUUGCUCUUUUCUGAACUUUUUCCAAUGCCAAGAUACCUUUUUUGAGAUGAAGCAACCACAUCUGCACAUAGUAUUCAAGAUGUGGGCAUAUAAUGGAUUUAUAUAGAGGAAAUAAAAUAUUUUCUGUUUUAUUCUCUAUUCCUUUCUUACUGAUGCCCAACAUUGUUUGCUUUUUUUAACUGCUGCUUCACAUUGAGUGGAUGUUUUUAGAGAACUAUCCACAGUGACAUGAAGAUCUCUCUUGAGCAGCAAUAGCUAAAUUAGUCCCCAUCACUUUGUAUGUAUAGUUGGGAUUAUGUUUUCCAAUAUGCAUUACUUUGCAUUUAUCAACAUUAACAUUCAUCUGCCAUUUUGUUGCCUCAACACCUAAUUUUGUGAGAUUCUUUUAAAGUUCUUCAGUCCACUUUGGACUUCACUAUCUGGAACAGUUUAGGAUCAUCCGCAAAUUUUGCCACCUCACUGUUUACCCCUUCUUCCAUAUCAUUUAUAAAUAUGUACAGACUCCUGUAGGAGACCACUAGUUACCUCUUUUCAUUCUGAGAACUAACCCUUUAUUCCUACCCUGUUUCCUAUCUUUAAACCUGUUAUCAGUCCAUGAGAGGACCCUGUUAAUCCAUGGGAGUUUACUUUGCUUAAGAACUUUUAAGGAAAUCUGGAAAUCUAAUUACAGGAUGUCACCCUGAUAUACAUCCAUUCUGCACUAAGGUCACUGAUGCUUGUAGGAAGUGAUGCAUUAUAAGUCUUCCCAUUUCCGGUUCUUAAGUUGUGCGGAAAAAAAAAAGCACAAAUGGAAGUCAGCCGCAGGAAAAAAAUUCCCCGCUUCAUUGUUUCAAUAAAUCCAAAUUUUUUUGAACAUAUCUUGGACUUAUAGUGAGGACGGCCCAUAGACUAUAUCCACUGGAUCUCCCUUGUCCACAUGCUUGUUGACCUCUUCAAAGAAUUCUAGUAGAGUGGUGAGGAAUGAUUUCUCUUUACAGAAUCCAUCUUGACUUUUAUUAUGUUUAUCUAUGUGUCUGAAAAAUCUGUUCUCCACUAUAAUAUCAACCUAUUUUCCCAGUACUGAAGUUAGACUUCCUGGCCUGUACUUGACAGGAUCACCUCUAGAGCCCUUUCUAAAAAUGUGGUGUCACAUUAGCUAUCCUCCAGUCAUUAGGUACAGCACGUGAUUGAAAUGUAAAGGAAUGGUUACAAACCACAGUUAAUUGUUCUGCAGUUUCACAUUUCAGUUCUUUCAGAACACUUCGGUGACUGCCAUCUGGUCCUGGUGACUUGUUACUAUUCCUCAUGACUGCAGUAAAGGAGAGAGAAAAAAGUUUGAAGGAAUUUAGUGUAAAUCAUUUUAGCUUAUGUUUGCCUGUGUACUUUCUAACCAGGAUUUUGGAGCAAUGCCAAAAACCACAAGCAGGCCAUGUCCCUGGCUCAAAAAAUCCAUCCAAGAUAUCUGAAUUAUAUCUAUUGCAGGCUGGGCUAAGACUUCAAGUCCUUGUGUCCAUAGACCUUCCUGCACAUUUUUAGCAGCCAUAUUAUAUGCAGCUUAGCCUGCACAUGAACACAAUUCGGUAGGUCAUUGUGGCUCAGUGAAAUGCUAGAGUUAGAAGGGGGAAAAUGUGCUGUCCAGUAACGUCAGAACAAUGUACUGUCUCAUUGCUUGGAAAACAGCAGAACUGUUUGCAGAGAGAUCCUUUCAAUAUACUUGUACAGAACUUAUUUUUGUUAAUAGAAAACGAGUUUUGACUGAUUAAAUUAUCUGUGUGAUGACGUGUCUGCACGGAGUAAGUUGUGCAGUGCUAUCAGUGAUAACAAAUGGGUGCACUGAAUGGGCUACUUUGUCACGGUUUUAGGCAUGUGAUUGGAUAAUUUUUGUAAACUUGUAAUGAUUUGUUCAUCAUGGUAAUUAAGAGCUAGCAGUUCCCUGCUACCAUUUUCUGAAUUGUUAAUAAAAUGGCCAUGACACA